UCCGCGGAUCCCGACGCGCAGAUCGAGCGGCAGGAGCGCAAGGGGAGCGGAGGAGAGGGCAUGGAGCCGAACCCGUGCCAUUAAAGUGUUAACACACACACACACACAUAUAUACACACACAUACAUUUGAUUACGAGGAUCAAAGCGACAUGGCGAAGGCGGACGGGAUCUGAACUUUGCAGGAUCUGCCGUGAGGAUUAUUGUGGCUGAGACGACGGAAGGAAGGAAUCAGUUCAGCAUCGACGCGUCAGAGGAAUAACCUGCGGUUAUGGCGUUAGACGGUCGCCUGGGGACCUGGCAGGUGCUGCUGACCAUCUCCAUGGUCAUCACCCCCCUGUCUGCUCACGGGAGGCAUUCAGUUGCCAGGCGCCAUCAUCAUCACAACCACUCAUCCGUUGACAACGAGGCCUUGGACACCAGGAUGGUGCUCAGUGAUGACUCGGCGGAGAGAGACCACCUGAUUGGGAUUGGAGCGAGACUCCCCCUCAGCUCCACCAGACGUCAUCAUUCUCACAAACGCCACCACUUAGAUGUCGUAGAAGACGACUCACCCGUGGCCGAGGAGCUCACCGCCGGGGGUGCGGGACCAGAUCAGCCUGGAAACCCCUUAUCCGAUGACGUCAUCACCGUGGAGUUUCACAGUCCCGCGCCAGAUAUUGUGCCGUCUGAUUUUGCCGUGGACUGGGCAAAAGUCCCCAAGCCCCAGAAGCAGAAAGGUGGAGAUCCUACCACAUGGACGCUGUCUGAUUUUUAUGAUUACAUGUCUCCUGACAAUGACCUCUCUGCAUUAGAUACGACCCCAGAACCUGAGCCCACCAUUUCACCUCCAGUUGAUAUGGAGGACGAGAAUCCGCUCCUGACUGGCUCUCCGGUACUUCCAAACGAGAUGAGGCCAAACAUGGACAGUGGGCGGUCUCUACCGGUCCCCCCCAUGGUAAAGCCAGACCAGGACGAGGGGUUAGGCAUAGGUGGUGCCAUGGGUGCCGAUGGCUGCAGGCUGGGCUUCAUGCUUUCUGGACCUGGAGUGUGUGUUUCCCAGUGUGACGUUGAACCCAAUUUCUGCUUCAACGGGGGCGUGUGCACCGUCGUGCCAGGGAUGGGAGCCUUCUGCAGGUGCAACGUGCAGGACUAUAUCUGGAACAAGGGCAUGCGCUGUGAAUGGGCCGUCACCGAGUUCCAGGUGUUGUGCGUGGUGGUGGGCGUGGCCUCGUUUGUGACCCUGCUGCUCUUCAUGAUCGUCGUGUUCUUUGCCAAGAGACUGUACCGCCUCAAGAACGAGAACAGGCGCCUCCGCAAACGCAGUAAAUACCGGCCUCAGAGCACCGAGCCACAGACGGAUGGCAUGUCUGUUUCAACAACAGCCGAUGGCUCUCAGCCAAACGUAAGGAAAUUGUGUGAUACCCCCCCGCCUGCUCCCCAAGCUCAUACUCACAACCUGGCGUACUAUGACAACAUUAUCUGUCAGAGGCCAUCAACAACCAGCUAUACCUGGGAGUAUAAACCCAGAUAUCCUUAUAACCACUUGCAGGAUGAGCCACAGAAAAAGGACAACCAAGCAAAGUCCCCUCAGCCCAAGGAAGACGGCUCUAUGAAUAUCCUCAACUCCCAUUCUCCCAAGCAUGAGAACAACCGCCCUGCCUCCGUCGUCCACGGCCACACGCCCAACAACACGGAGGAAAAUGCCGAGGAUGGAGUCACUAUUGGCCUGGAGGUGCUUCUACCCAAAGAGGCCAAGCUCCACUCGGACAACAGCCAGCCCCUUCAGUACGAUGUCUUCCUCUACAAGGUUGCCAACAACGGAGACCCCGCCUCUCCCACCCAAGGCCCUCCAUCUCACUCAACCUCUCAUCCCAUUCCUAGAUCGCCUAAAACACCCAAGUCCCCCAAGGUGCCUAAAUCACCCAAACACGCCAAGGAGUACCCACACUGUAACCGUGAACCUUUGUCCGGCAGGCACUCUUCACCUGGCCGCCAUUCCUCACCCAGUCGCCAUCCGUCACCCAGUCGCCAUUCGGCACCUGGCUGUUAUUCCUCACCUACUCGUCAUCCUUCCUCCCCCCACUCCCCCUCCCACUACAAAUGCAUGCACUCCUGCUCGUCCACUCCACCUCAGCUAUGUGGACAAAGAAGUCGGGCUUGCAGCUCUGGGUACCCUGAGAAUUGGAAGGACUGCCAGAGUGGACACCUGCGCCCAUCUCCCUCAUCCCCCCACCUCCCCCAGCCUCCUCCGUCACCAUCCGGGGGGAAGUACAUCAGCACCCGGUCACUGCCGCCACUUUCCUGACCAGCCUUUGACUGAGUCCAUCCCAGCAAAUGCGCAUUCACACGCACAAACAUCCAGUGUUUUGUCCAUUGUGGCCCUUUUUAAUAUAUAUUUUUUAUUAUUAUUUUUAACUUAUGAUUUAUAGGUCUGUGGUCCACCUAUUCAUUUUUCGUACCCUGGCCUCCCACUUUAAAACUUGAAUGAUAAGGACAGCACUUAAUCCUAGUCCAGAAAACAUAAACCGGAACAUCUUAACACACGACAUUAACACUCAUAUUCAUUCAUGGAUCCGUUCGCUGCAGCCAUAUGUUCACACCAAUGUAUAAAUAACAACCAUUCAAAGCUCAGGUGUCUGAAAGCUUCAGAUAAACUACAUCUCUUCUAGCACGGUGCCAAUGUCAGCAGCUGCUGAAGAUACUGUUCAUAAAGGUUUUCUCAGUGUUAUCAGUGUUUUAUAUGAAUCUUUUGCUAUUCAGUCUUUAUAAAUGUUUCAUGUUUUAAUAGGCUUUUAAAGUAUAU